UCUCCUCCUUUUAUCUGUCCGCCUCCAAAUUCCUUGUCUCGCUCUUCUCCACCUCACUCACUCACUCGCUUCUUCUUCUUGUUCUCUCUCACAGCCCUGUAAGCAAUCUCAGCGAAUUCUCAUGCCUUGCUGAGUUUACUGUUGUUGUUGCCUUCUUUCCCAUUCUUCUUCGUCUUGUAGAAGAACAGAACACAUCAAAAAAUGGCGAGGGCAACCAAUCGCAGGGCGUUGGGAGAUCUUGGGAACCUCAUUGGUGGUCUCUCGGAUAGAUCAUCGAUGCCCCAAAAUUCCAAACAAUUUAAUCCCCAAAAUCAGGCCAAAAGUUUCAUCCCUCUUGAUCGACCCAUCACACGACAAUAUGGCGCUAUUCUUGCCAAAAACCAGUCAAUUACGCAGGCAUCAAGGAAUUGCGGCAAGGAGAACGUUGGGAACGUCGAAUGCAGAUCGAAACAGAGGCGAACGCUUUCGCCGAUCAAAAAGAAAGGUCAGAAUCAAGAGACCCAAGGGCAGGUCGAUGUGACCAUGGAAGAAAUGGACUGCGAAUUGUCUCCGACGCCGUCGUCCAUGUCGGAGGUUCGAGAUAAUGAACCAUGUGAAAUUGAAAUGGAAGAAGCAGAGUCACCGAUUGCUAGUAUUGACAAAGACGACGUCAAAAAUCCGCUGGCCGUAGUUGACUACAUUGAGGAUAUAUACAAUCAUUACCGACGAACCGAGAUCAUGAGCUGUGUUCCCGAAGACUACAUGUCGAAACAGACAGAUAUCAAUCACCGAAUGCGCGCUAUAUUGGUCGACUGGUUGAUUGAGGUACACCACAAAUUUGAUCUGAUGCAUGAAACUCUAUUCCUGGCCAUCAAUCUCAUAGAUAGAUAUCUGUCUAUCCAAAAUGUGGUGAGAAAGUCCCUCCAACUAGUUGGCAUCACGGGCAUGCUCCUUGCCUGCAAGUAUGAAGAGGUUUAUGUGCCUGCCUUGGAAGAUUUUGUAAUUAUUUCUGAUCGAGCUUACACUAGGGAGGAUGUCCUCAAGAUGGAAAAAUCAAUGUUGAAUACUUUACAGUUCAACGUAUCAAACCCAACCCCUUUUGUCUUUAUGAGAAGAUUUCUCAAGGCAGCAGGGUGCGACAAAAAGCUAGAAAUGGUGGCCUUCUAUUUGGUAGAGUUGUGCUUGGUGGAUUAUCGGAUGCUGAAGUUUCCACCAUCACUUCUAGCUGCUGCUGCAAUAUAUGCGGGACGACGCCUUUUGAAACUAUCUCCACAGUGGAACAAAAUCGUCAAUCUUCAUUCAACCUACUCGGAAGAGCAACUUCAGGAAUGUGCGGAAUUGAUGGGUGAGAUUCACCAAAAUGCGGGUGUGGGGAAGUUGACAUCCGUCUACCGGAAAUACUCAAUUUCCAAGUACGAUUGUGUUGCUAAACUCAUGAAUCCCUUGCUACAAUAGCUGUAGCAGACUCCCUAACAGCAUAACGAAGAUGGAGGCUUCAACGUAUAAGUUGGUUCCUGUAUCGCAUGUUCAGUGCUCAAUAUUGACGGCGAUGACUAUUCGACCGACUGGCUUACAUAAUCUACUUGCUUUUUUUUUACGUUCAAAAGAAGGCCCAUAUUGGGCCUUCCUUGACUUUAUCCUUUUACUUCUCUGGCUGAAUGGUGUGCUGCCCAUGGUUCUGUAGAGAUUGGCAAAUUCCAUUAAUAAAUGAUUGAAUGUGUUUAUUCACUUAA